CUCGUACUCGUGUGCAUGGAGAACCUAACAUUCACUCCUCUCAGGCAGCCGAUUGUGUUUGAACUGGAGGGCUUCGACGUUCCACCAGGACAUGGUCCGCUCCUCUUCUUCCUGGCCCUGUUUGCCUACAUGGUGGUGCUGCUGGGGAACGGUGUGGUGAUCUGUGUCAUCGUGACGGACCGCAGCCUGCACAGACCCAUGUUUGUGAUGAUCUGCCACCUGGUGGUCUGUGACCUGCUGGGCGCCACGGCGGUGUUUCCCAGCCUCAUGAUGCACUUCUUGACGGGGCAGAAGAAGAUCGGCUACCUCCCAGCUAUUGCUCAGGGUUUCUGUGUUCACACAUACGGAGUUGCAGUGCAGACCAUUCUGGGAGUGAUGGCUAUUGACAGGUACGUGGCAGUGUGUGAACCUCUCAGGUAUCACUCCAUCAUGACUUCGGCUCGGCUGCACAGCUGCUGCGCUGUGGCCUGGAUCGUUGCUCUGCUGCUCAUCGCUGUGCUCUUCUCCUUCCACAUGAACGUCCCGCUGUGCGGCCAUCUGGUCCAACAUGUCUACUGCAGCAACCGGGGCAUCCUGAACCUGGCCUGCACACCCACUCCCAUGAGUGACAUCUAUGGUUUAGCCAUGACCUGGUUUGUGAGUACCGGGAUGUUCAUCAUCAUCGCGUUUUCCUACAUCGGGAUCCUGAGAGCUGCUCUGAAGCAGGGCAGGACCGACAGCAGCAUCCGAACCAAGGCCUUCCAGACUUGUGCGUCACACCUGGUGGUUUAUGUGUUUUAUGAAAUAGCUUCGCUGAUUAUCAUCAUUAGCUACAGAUUUCCAGACACCAGUAAAAACAUGAAGAAGUUUCUUAGCAUCCUGUUCAUCAUGGUCCCUCCGGCCAUCAACCCCAUCAUCUACGGGCUGGUCAGUAAGGAGCUGCGCUCCAGCAUCGUCAAGCGGUUUUCCACCAGAACCGCUCACAAGAACUGA